AUGUCUGCCGCGCUCGACGUUGACAAUGUGGCUCCAACAACCACCGAGGUUGCAAUAAGCAAGCAGACCAAGCAGUCCCCCUGGCUGAGAUUCAGGAGUUUCAUAUGGGAUAGUGACACCCUUCUCAAGUCCCCCGCCGAAAGACGACUAUUAUGGAAGCUAGACACCGCUAUGCUCACAUGUCUAUGUCUGGGUUUUUUCUGUAAAUAUCUUGACCAAAAUAAUCUCAACAAUGCCUAUGUUAGUGGAUUGAAAGAAGAGCUCGAGUGGAACGGUAAUCAACUUACCUAUGCGACGUCGUUGUAUACCGCCGCUUAUGCCCUUAUGCAAAUCCCAUCGACUUUGAUCGUGCAAAAAGUCCGACCAUCCUUAUGGCUCGGUGGCUGUGAAGUCGCAUGGGCCGCUUUUACAUUCGCACAAGCAGGUGCUAAGAACACAAGCACAAUGUAUGGACUUCGAUUCUUAGUCGGUAUCUUUGAAAGUGCUUUCUUCCCCGUCGGCCUCUAUCUUCUGGGAUCAUGGUACACCCCUACUGAGACUGCAAUUUUCCACUUCACCGCUCCCGCAGGUGUGGCGUUUGCCGGGUAUAUGCAGGCGGCAGUAUACAAGACUCUCAACGGACAUGCUGGGAUGGAAGGUUGGAGAUGGUUGUACAUUAUUUGCGGAAUCAUCACCCUUCCUUGCGGCUUACUCGUCUUCUUUGUUCUUCCCGAUUAUCCAACAACAGGGAAGAGAUGGUAUCUUACGGAUGAAGAGUUUGAGUUAGCUCAAGAACGAAUGCGCAAGGUCAAGAGAGUUCAGUCGAACGGUCUUUUCAGUAGAUCAGUAUUGAAGAAGAUCUUCUCCAAUUGGCAUAUCUACCUUCUUCCGUUGACCUACAUCUUCUAUGGUUUGAGUUGUGCCGGUUCCAGCUACUUUGGGAUUUACCUAAAAUCCACUAAGAAGUAUUCCGUCGAACUCAUCAAUAUUCUCCCCACAUUCAUUUCCGUGAUUCAGGCUGUCACGACACUGCUCUACGGAUUCCUCAGUGAUUAUACUGGGAGUAGAUUCUGGUUCACCUUCGGUCCCAUGCUUUACGGGGCGAUCCCAUGCGGUAUCUUAGCGGUAUGGCCGGAGAACUACAAGCUGAAACAGUUCGCCUUCAUGACUCUCGGUGUACAGCUCAUGACAGCCGUGAUCUACUCUUGGUGGUCGGAAAUCUGUUCAGCUGAUCCACUGGAAAGAGCUUUGGUUAUUGGUAUGAGUAACGGUCUGCAAUACGUCAUGAGUGCUUGGAUCCCGCUCUUGAUCUUCAAGCAAACGGAUGCGCCUACUUUUAGAAAAGGUUUCCCAACGAACUUUGCUUUCGUUCUCAUUACUUUGGUCCUCCUGGUCCUUGUCAAGUUCCUGCAUGAGAGAGAAUUGAGGCACAAAAGUAAGAUCGAUGAGGAAUAUGUGGAUUCACCGGAUAUUGGAGGGGAGAUCAUCGACACCAAAGCCGCUGAGGACGGUCAAGAUGGUACUCUGAAUAGCAGUCCAGUCGAAAGACUCAAGGUCUAG